CGCUCUCCUCCCUCAGAGGGAAAUCCUGCCGGACCAUCACAUUCGAGCAGUUCAAGGAGGCGCUUGAAGAGCUCUCCAAGAAGAGAUUCAAAGACAAGAGCAGCGAGGAGGCCGUCCGCGAGGUGCACAGGCUCAUCGAGGGCAAGGCCCCCAUCAUCUCAGGGGUGACGAAGGCCAUCUCGUCGCCCACUGUAUCCCGGCUCACGGACACGACCAAGUUCACGGGCUCCCACAAGGAACGCUUCGACCCAUCAGGCAAGGGCAAGGGCAAGGCGGGCCGUGUGGACCUGGUGGAUGAGUCGGGCUACGUACCGGGCUAUAAGCACGCGGGCACCUAUGACCAGAAGGUGCAGGGUGGCAAGUAGCCAGCCCAGGAGCAGCCCUUCCCGCGGGGGCCCGCGCCACCUCACACUUCAUUACAUUCCCUUGCUCCCUGGGGCAGAACUCAAGACUGGGGCCCCGGGGGGCCGCAGGGGUGGCAGUCAGGCCUCCCCCUGCCUGGGGCCUGGCAUGCUUCUCUCUGACCCCCAGGUGGGGCCCCGAAAUCACUGACCGUUUCUAACACGCCUGCCUCGUCCAGUGCUGGCCGACAACAAAUGGCCUUUUUCAGAGCGUCUCCUGGGACCAGACCACACUAGCUACCUGACUUACAGGUGAAAAGGCCAUUUUAAAGGGGCCGGUGAGCCACAAGGGGUGAGUGGGACAGACCCUGUCAGAAGGUGGCCACCUGCUGAACUGCAAACCCCUCCCUGGAACCUCGAGGGCAGCACUAGCUAACGCACUAACCAGCAGCACCAAGAAGACAGAAGUGAGCUGCUAACAGGACAUCAUGAAGGUGUGGGGAGGUGGGACAGGUGCUUGCAUGUGCACACUCACACAUACCCACAUGUGUGUGCCUGCAAUACGCACAUGCUCGCGCACACACACACACACACACACACACACACG